CACGCAAGACAAAACCAACCCAAAUGGUUUGAUGAUAACUUCUAAAAAGGAAUGAAUUGAAUACAACUUUGAGUUAUAUUGAAACUUACAUUUGUUUUGGAACUCUCUCCAUUUUGUGUUUUGUGUUUGUCUCUCUCUUGUUUGGCUUGUCCCCUUGCAAUACCUAACCAACUUCUCCUACACUCCCUAUUUCAUGGAUUUUUGUAUUCUUUGUAUAUAUAUACACCCCCUUAAGUCUACACAAUAUGUAGUCUCAUUUCCUAAACAAAUUAAAACAACUAGCUAGUUAAAAUGAAUAACAAGUUUGCUCUCAAAAUAACUAUCCUUUUGUGCCUUUUCUACUCUCUUUUGCUCAAACCUUGUACUUCUUUCCAACUAGAUGGUGUUCAUCCUUCUAUCACUUCACUUCCUAGGAAGCUCAACGCCAUUGACAAGGUACAUACAAAGGUUACUAAGACUAGUAAACAUGUCGAGUCACAUAUGAAGGCAAAGAAAGAAAUUCUAGAUGAGUUGCAAAAGAAAGAUGUAAAUAUGAUGCAAAUAACAGGAGAUAAAUGGAGAGAAUGGGAAGAAGUUCAUGACCCAACGGAGUUAUUCACCAUGGAUUAUCGGAGAGUUCGAAGAAGACGACCCAUUCACAAUAAAUCCCUUCAUCCAUAAAACAUGGCUAAUUUUUCGUUUGCUUAAUUUAGGGGAAUUAACAAAAAAAAAAAAAAAAAACUUAGACCAAUAUUUUUUUUAAUUAAUAUUAGGUCACAAUUUUGGUAGAAGAAAAACUAUUGUAAUUAGCAAAAUAGGGGAGCUUGUCUUCGUAAAGCUUAGGUUAGAGCCGGCAUUUUGGAAGAUUAACUAUAUAUAUAUGUUUACUAUGUAAUUCUAUGUCGUUUAAC